GCGGCGGAGAGGGUGGACGUGCGGUGUUGAAGCCUCUUGAGCUGCAGGUCAUGGCGGCGGCCGUGUCUACCGUUGUUCUUCGAUGUCAGCAGGAGAGGGCGCUGGGACGACUGAAGGAGCAGUUGCGCGCGCGUAGACAGAGGACAUUGAUGCAAGCUCCAGACGAUGGCCCCGACUACAGUGAUUCCUCGAGCGACGCCGAGGUGGUGGAUGAAGCGCAGGACUGGGAGCAGGACAGGGAGCAGGACAGGGAGCAGGACAGGGAGCUGCCGGUCUGCCGUUGAGAAGUCGUCGGAGGUAGAGGAGAGGGAGGAGAACGAGGACCAAGAAGAGGACCAAGAAGAGAGGACCAGGAAGAGAGGACCAAGAAGAGGAGGAAGGAGAUGGAGGCAGGAGGAGAGGGGAAGGAGGAGGUGGAGAUGGAGAUACAAGCAGAGGAUAUGGCGGUAAGAGCAGAGAGGAGAAGGCCCAACAGGGAGGGAAGAAGAUGGAAACGGAUGAAAGAAUGCGGAGGGCCGACAGUGACGGACGACGAGCAGGCCGAGGGUGAAAGAGGAGCGGGAGGGGGAGGGGGAGGGGGAGGGGGAGGGGGGGGUGGAGGAGGAAGAGGACGAACAGGAGGGCAAGGCAGAGGAGCAGAAGGACGACGAAGAGAGGGAAGAAGAGGACAAGCAGCAAGGGGACCGGAAGGGGGAGGAGAAAGAAAGGGAAGAGCAGGACAUGAGGAGAGGAGAGGAGGAGGAGAACGGACUUACCCGUAGGAUACGUAACACUACCGGUAGCUGCUUGCCCGACGCGGCGGGAUGCACCUGACCUCAACUAAGUCCACAGAGAGGCGGACAAUGUCUUCGUGUGAGUUAUGCCCUUCGUGGCGCUGGGGUAUUUGGCAGUAGAGCGACCCAAAUCUGCCCUGCAAUGACUUGUUAUCCCACGGCCAGUGGUUUGACGCAUAUUUUCUGAAAGAAGAAAGAUCUCUACUUUCCCCUCGUCAUCUCCAAAACUAAAUGUACGAACCUAAAUUUGAAUUUUGCCCAGCCUUAAAGUGACCAGUACCACGGCUGGAAAACUGAGUAGGCCUCACUUGAAUUGAGUGCUGGACUUUCUUAAAUUUGAAUUUUGCCGAGCCUAAAAUAAAAGUGACCAGUACCAGGGCUCGAAAAUUGAGUAGGCCUGACUUGAAUUUUGAAUGAGUGCUGGACUUGCUGCCGGCAGAUGGAACAAGGCCGUCGUUUUUACUCAGGUGUGCCACCGCAGCUGAACGCUCCACAAAGACAGCCCCUGAAUCUGGCCCAGUUCGAACGCCAGAUACAGGCAGGACAAUGAAGAAACGAACACGGAAAGAACCCGCCUAGAAGCACCAGGCAGCAAAACGAGAACGACAAACUAAAUCAAGCAAGCGAAAAAAG